GUGAGCUGCGCGCUGCACGCGCUGGCCAUCGCCGCGGCCGUGGCCCUCAGGCUGGCCGUGAAGCGGUACAAGCUGUUCCCGGUGGUGCUCGCGUUGUGCCUGGGCAUGCAGGCGGCCGCGGUGAUCCUCGUGCCCACCGGACCAUCGGUCCUCUACCGCUGGCGCGCCCGGGGCUGGCCGGAGGAGCCUGCGCCGGGGCCGGGAGAUCCCGGGCGGCUGGCGGCGUGGCUGCCGUCCGGGGCGUCCGUCGCUGGGGCGUGCUGCGGCCUCGUGGGCGUGCUUCUGGCCCAAGGCUCGGUGUCUAUGGAGGGGCGCAGCGUUGCUCGAAUGUUUCGCCUUCGUGCUGCUUGCCGGCAGGGUUGUUGCAGCAACGCAGGAUGCCGGGGUGUCGGCCCGGAAGCUGGCGCUGGAUGUGUUGAGGCUGUCGUGCCGGCUCACUGCCUCUCUCAUGCUCGGCAACAAGCUGCCCCGGAGAUCCGCGGACGCGGUCGUGCAGGCCGCAGACGCCGCAUCACUGGCAGCGGCGCUGGUCGCCCUCGGGAGCUUGGCCACCUGGCGGCGCUCGUGCUAUCAGGGGGGCACAGACACCUUCGGUGCCCCUUCCUGGUGCCUGGUGGCGGCAGCCUGCGCACUCGGAUGCACUGCCAGGGCCGACCUGAGCAAGGCCUUCGUGCCGGAUGCGCUGUGGACGACAGCGCUCUGCCUCGACGCGGCGUCGCCGCUGCCGCAGCUCGGGAUGAUAGCGCGCCGCGGCGGUGCCGCGGACGCCGCGGUCGGCCACCACGUGGCCCUGCUCUGGUGCAGCCGCGCGUUGGCGCUGACGUUCUGGUGGCUGAUACGGGGCACCUGGUCGCGCGGCACGAGCUGGACCGGCUGGAGCAUCAUGGCGGUCCUGGCCGCACAGCUGGUCAUGCUCUCCCGCUUCAUGGCCUACUGGUGCAGGGGGUGCUGGGCGAGCGGCCUCCUCGCGCCGCUCCCCUGCGCGGAGCGCGACCGGGCCGCCCGCAAGGAGGACUGAGAGGCGCGCCCCCGUUCCUCCCGACGGAGCCCUCCGCGGGCCGCGGGGGCGGGCAGAGGGCGACUCCGGACGAGGAGCCCGUGCUGGGGGAAGGCGCCAGGGCUCAGGGCCCGUGUCCCUCGGGAGCCGUCUCCCCCCGUUUCCCCCC